AUUGAAUUCGCGCUUGAUGCUUUGCUUGCUUGUUAUCGGCGAAGAGCUGGGCAUCGAUGCCAUUUUGUGCUGUUAGCAUAGGCUUGUCCCUCGCUCCAAACCAUCAAACCAUCUUCCACCUCCUCUUCUCACUUGGCCCCAUCUAUCGUGUGCAUCAUAUUAUGUUGUACUGAAUCCAUCCAUCAUCCAUACCACGGCUCUCGUACUCUCGUAUUGAAUUCCUGGCCUACUACUCCUACCUACCUUCCCUACCCUGCCUAAAGGCGACAUCCUCCUGACCCUGACCACGACCGAAUACCCAGGCACCCACUCCACAUCCUUGUCCACCAUCUUUUUCACUUUGUGACCCAUAAACGCUGUGGACCGAACACUAAGCCACCCAUCCAUCAGAUUGGCUCAUCCGCAUCCUCUGCAACGUAUUCCUCACACUUGAGUUGGUUCGCUCUGUAUUGCUCAGCGGCAGAAGCCUCCUUGUUGCUUUCCUCUACCCACCAUCACCGUCUCCGCCUGCAUUUUAACGUCAAUCGCUCAUCGCUCGACUAUGACUCUUACCUAACCAUCAUCGACACUCCUCUCCACUUUCUGCAAUUCUCCUUGCAACCCCGAGUCCACCGCCCUAUUCCAGCAACAUGACUCUACGGCUACCUCAAUUUCACAGCCUCUUCAUUCUGUAGUCACCAUCGAUAUCCUCGUCAGCGUUCAGACCCGCCCGAAACGUCUGUGGUCUGCCGGUUUAGACAAUACCUACCACUCUCUCCCUCUCGACACUUGGGUCAGACAACACACCUUCACUCUUUCCCGUUUUUCAUUCUCGUUCCGAGACACACUCUGCUCGAUUACGAAACCCGUCCCUCACCUUCACGGCCCUCCUUCGUCCCCAUCGUACACGAACGACUACAAGACGACCCCUCAGGAGCAGAGUCUUGCCAUCCCAAGUACUAUCAGCUACCUCUCACCAGCACUCCUCCCUUGAUCGCUCCACACUGCUGGCCUUGUAGCUCUGCCGACGACUCUCGACUACCAACCACCUUGCUCAAUUCCAGAAACCGAACAUUCGUGGUGACACCACACCCUUCUGUCACACAAAAAGGGAGUCUGCCGGACGGAAAAAGAUCGGGUGCGUACAGGCCAGUGACGAAGUUUGCCGGCCGUUGCACAUAGUCACCUGUCUUUCUCAUUUGAGCAAUCACGCGUGAGCAGAACGCGCGACCACCUUCAGGCUCUCGGGGCAAACUGGGCACUUGACGCCUUGUUUGGACCCGGUGCCCUUGGGCGACGGCUAUAUUCCUGCAACAAACCUCCGGUGGUAAGCCUUGACUGGUGGCAUAUCCCCGCCGACACCCUUCACGUAGAGUGUGGGAAAGCUGCCAGUUCAGCGCCAUGAUUAAGAGGAAAUCAAACAGCAUAUCCUACCCAUAUACACCUGAACCUUCGCCCCCUCUUGGACCGUCAGAUCAGUUGCUGGGCCAGGUCCCGGAGCAUUGCAUCAUGGCGAGCGAUGACUUCCCUCGGGCUCGACCCAUCAGCAUGGUGUCGAGAAGAGAUGGUGUCAUGUCACCCGCAAGACCGACUUUGGAGGACGUCCUAAAUAACAAUGCACCAUCUCCAUAUACCCUCGCCGCUUAUACCGCCUUUCUAUCCCAACAACACUGUCUGGAGACUCUAGAAUUUACCACCGAAGCUAAGAAAUACACGGAAAAGUAUGACCUUGCUUCAGCUCAACUCGCCGGCAUGCCAUUGACUGUCGAUACCGACGAGGGCUUUGACUUGAUUCAAGAUUGGAACCGCAUGUUGGAUAUCUACGUCAAGCCUGGAGCCCCUCGCGAGAUUAAUCUUCCAGCAGAGGAACGAGACGAGCUUGUUGAAUGUCCAUAUGAGCUGCGCCCUCCUCAACCCGAAGUUCUGGAACCUGCCGUCAGAAGAAUGUACGAUCUCAUGUCCGAUUCCAUCUUUAUUCCCUUCUGUAAUAGUUUGAAGGUCCCAUACGCCAAAACAUACAAUCCCACCUCGGACUGGCCGACCAACGAUUUGGAGGUGUCACGGUUAACAUUUGACGAAAGGGCAUUACAUUCUCGACGCCGACGCUCACCCCCCAACACCUCAGCAGCUCCUUUUGAAGUCCCGUCACGCUCACCGCCGCAAAGCCAUCGACCCCCUCAAUCCUCGUCGCUGUCAUCAGCCCUCGGUCGUCAGAGCCAAAGCCGUCUAUCUACUCACGUCUCACAUUCAUCCGCUGUUUCAGAGAGCGCCUUGACAGAUAGUAGUGGCGGUGGACCUGAGAGCCCACCAGAGGACCUGAUGACGACGCCUCCGACGACACCGCCCGCGGGUGACUUGCCUGGCGGGGGUAACGGACACAGUCACUCGAAUAGCAUUGUAGCAUCCAAAUCUCAUCGAAGCGAAAGUGGAGGAUGGAAGAAGAUGGGCAUGAAAAUCUUUGGUGGAGGCAAGAAGAAAACCGGAAGUUUUAAUGAAUGAAUGGGUUGAAGAUUCUGGAGGCUCGACCGGUCAGCGUUUGCAUGACUAGUGCGGCCCCAUCCUGACCCUCUCAGCCUCUGUGCGGUCGAGGGCUUCUCGAUUGUUACGGCAAUACCUUAAUGUUACCGGGACAUGGCAAUCAACAUAGGCGUCGAAUUGGAGCAAAAGUCGAACGCAUUGUGGAUCGGACCCCGAAAAGACUUUUGAUGUGGUUAUGAGUUAUGAUUUGGCACGUGGUGUUUGGGUUAUUGGGUGGCGUUGCAUCGCAAGAAAUUGCCAGGUUGCUUUUGAUGGCCAAGUCCUGCCUUGGUGACGUUGGAUGUGGAUUUGAUGAAGGGGGAUCAUUGGAUACCCAUCUGGACGGUCACGGUCCACGGUGGUCGGAAUACAUAUAUAUGUAGCCGAGAUGUGGAUGGUUCUUGAGUGAGCAGGAGAAGUUUUACUCUCAGUGACAAUAUCAUUGUCGCUGAAGGCAAUCAAUGUAAUCCACUCAACACCGACAACACUGAACCUUGUGAUUUCGUUUUGAUUCGUGGCUGAACACUAGUUUACAUCUACAUGAGUUUUUGUAGGUCAAAUUAAAGCUUUCUUAUUC